UGAGAUCAUUUCACUUUUACAAAGGAGCUUUUACAAAUCCUCACCAUCUCCUGUUCCGUUGGCCACCUGCAGUAAGUUGCUGCUGCUACAACCUACAACUGAGAGAUACGAUGUGUGAUGAAGAUGAAACCACUGCUCUUGUAUGUGAUAAUGGCUCUGGGCUUUGCAAAGCUGGCUUUGCAGGGGAUGAUGCACCACGGGCUGUUUUUCCAUCAAUCGUUGGACGUCCUCGACACCAGGGUGUUAUGGUAGGAAUGGGUCAAAAAGACAGUUACGUUGGGGAUGAAGCCCAGAGUAAAAGAGGGAUCCUGACACUGAAAUACCCCAUUGAGCAUGGGAUCAUCACUAACUGGGAUGACAUGGAAAAGAUUUGGCAUCAUUCUUUCUAUAAUGAACUUCGUGUUGCCCCAGAAGAGCAUCCUGUGCUGCUGACGGAGGCCCCCUUAAAUCCUAAGGCUAACCGGGAAAAAAUGACUCAGAUCAUGUUUGAGACGUUCAACGUACCUGCUAUGUAUGUAGCAAUUCAGGCAGUUCUAUCUCUAUAUGCAUCUGGUCGAACCACUGGAAUUGUUCUGGACUCUGGGGAUGGUGUCACACACAAUGUACCCAUCUAUGAAGGUUAUGCUUUGCCCCACGCCAUCAUGAGGCUGGACCUGGCAGGCAGAGACCUCACUGAUUAUCUCAUGAAAAUUCUCACAGAAAGAGGCUAUUCUUUCGUCACCACUGCGGAACGUGAAAUUGUGCGUGACAUAAAGGAGAAGCUUUGCUACGUGGCUUUGGAUUUUGAGAAUGAAAUGGCAACAGCCGCUUCCUCCUCUUCUCUCGAGAAGAGUUAUGAGCUUCCUGAUGGGCAAGUCAUCACCAUUGGGAAUGAAAGAUUCCGAUGCCCAGAAACUCUCUUCCAACCUUCAUUCAUAGGUAUGGAAUCUGCAGGUGUUCAUGAAACCACUUAUAACAGCAUUAUGAAAUGUGAUAUUGACAUCCGUAAGGAUCUCUAUGCUAAUAAUGUGCUCUCUGGAGGAACAACAAUGUACCCUGGUAUUGGUGAUCGCAUGCAGAAAGAGAUCACAGCUUUGGCUCCAAGUACUAUGAAGAUUAAGAUGAUCGCACCACCAGAACGUAAAUACUCCGUCUGGAUUGGGGGCUCAAUCUUGGCUUCUCUAUCUACCUUCCAGCAAAUGUGGAUCAGCAAAGAUGAAUAUGAGGAAGCUGGUCCUUCCAUUGUCCAUCGCAAAUGCUUUUGA